CUUUUUCAGAUGGUCUAUUUUGUAGACCUCUGAUCGCCCAAAAUGAAUGAGAGAAUAUAUCUCAUUUUCAAUUUCCUCACAAAUAGAGUCAUUCUCUGAAAGAUUGUUUAUUUCAUCGCACAGCGCAGGAUCUGCUAUCUCCUCCAAGGCAAUAAUCGAGUCAUGGGAAAAUUUAAGCAUGCAAAUUUUUCAGAAAGAGUUAUUCUUAUGCUUGGCGUAAAUAUUAUAUCCAAGCAGUUUUCAGAUGCAAUUAUGAAGUGGGAGCCAAUUACAGAAAUGAUUGAAGAAGGCCUUGACCCAGAAGAGAUAGAAUGCAUUUCAGUAUCUAUAUCAGAUACCCUUUCUGAAUUUGGGCGAAUAAAUAAAACAGACCAAAUAGUGCUCGACUUAGAGGAUUUUCUGUAUGAUGUAUUUGAAGAGUACGGAGUAUGUGUGUCCGAUGAUCUUCUGAGUGAGUUAGUAGAAAUUGUGCUAAAAACACACAACAGCAAAACUAGAACCAAAGAAUAAAUAG